AUGGAAGACCAUGAUGACCACGAGUACGCCACCGCCAGCGCCGGUGCAUCUAAAACCUUUCCCCUGCAGUGCUCGGCUCUCCGCAAAAACGGCUUCGUCAUGAUCAAGGGCCGCCCGUGCAAAGUUAUGGAAAUGAGCACUUCCAAAACUGGCAAGCAUGGUCACGCCAAAGUGCACUUGGUGGGUCUUGACAUCUUCACCAACAAGAAGUACGAAGAUAUCUGUCCUUCUACUCACAACAUUGAUGUUCCAAACGUCAGCCGCAAUGACUUUCAGCUCAUCGAUGUCACUGAUGAUGGAUUCGUCUCGCUCAUGAACGACAAGGGCGACACCCGUGACGAUCUUCGCCUGCCUGAGGGCGAGCUGGGCCAGAAGAUUCGCGAGGAGUUUCACAAGGACGACAACACUGUCAUUGUUACUGUGCUAGCUGCCGUCGACGAGGAAGCUAUUAUCGCAUCUAAGAACGCCACCAACUGA